AUCAUUUGCAGGAACAGUGCAAAGCUCGGUCAGGUCAGUCUUCCGGCUAUGCAAUCGCAGAAUCCAAUGCGAACCUGGAUAUCUGCCCUUCACAGAUUCUCAUCGACGGCGAACUGUCCGUAUAAGCGUAAAGUCGAUUCGCCCCUUCGAGGGGCUGAAAAUUGAAGCGGAAAUGUGCGUCACGUUUUCAAGAUCAAACUGAACCAAUGGCGAACACGUUCGCAUUGCUUGUGGCCCGGGUUGCAGCAGACUUGCUCUGGUGCAUUUUUUCCAUGGAGGUCAAGCUCAAAGAUAGACAAGACGAAAACGUGGGGCUUCACCCCGCUUCCGCUCAUUCCGGGGACACUCUAAUAGGUAUCACACUAUGGCCAACAACAGCGACCUCGUAAGACUGGCGCAAAAGCUUGCCUCUACAGGCGCUUUCAAAAUCGAGCGAACACCACGCAGAGUGCGAGCGUUGUUCAAUGGCAGAUACGUUGUUGAUACACUCCAUGCCUAUCACGUAUGGGAGCAUCCAAACUUCCCGCAAUUCUAUGUCCCAAAAUCCGCACUCCUCAAAGCGGCCGAUCUGCGAGUGGCCCACGCCGCCAUCGAAGGCACUGGAGAUCGCGCUCACUUUGGGACUCUCACGGUCGGUGAACGCAUGACGACUCGUGUCGUCGUCUUUAACAAUAUUGUGAAUAAUCUCAUUAAAAUUGAUUUCCAUGCCAUGGAUCAGUGGUUCGAAGAAGAUGUCCCCGUUUACGGACAUCCAAAGGAUCCCUACAAACGCAUCGACAUCCUGCAUUCUACACGUAGUGUCAGGGUAGGCAUUGACGGCGUCAUACUCGCCGACUCUUCUGCACCGUUGUUCCUACUGGAGACGACACUGCGUACUAGACAUUAUCUACCGCCAACAAGUGUUAAGUGGGAGUACCUGCGAAAGAGCAACACUGAGACAUUGUGUCCGUACAAGGGCAGGGCGAAUUAUUACCAUGUUGUGGUGGAUGGGAAAGAGUACAAGGACCUUGUAUGGUAUUACAGAUAUCCCACGCACGAGAGUGCGCCGAUCGCUGGGUACAUGUGUUUCUACAAUGAGAAGGUGGAUGUAUGGGUGGACGGAGAGAAGGAGGAGUGACGGGAAGCUCACGGUCACAAUUCGUACAACGAAAGAUUUGCAGCGUGCUAUCUCCAAAUGGCAAUAGUUGGGCACGGAAGAGUGUGCACACGUUCAUCCGUAGCUGUCUGCGGUGAUGAAACCACCUGCCUGACUAUGUUAGAUGUGAAUAAUGCUGCAGAUGUGACUGCAUCAUGUUAGCAUUGUGAACCGACAGGAAGUGAAAGAGCUCUGCGCGUGCUUGCACAA